AGCCUGAGGACGCUAGUAUCAGUGGAGCUGUGUUACAGUGUACACGUCGCCCUCACCACCUCCCUCCCUCUCUCUCUGAAUUACCUAUGUAUCCAAAAUAAAUACUGUACUGUAAGAAGUAGUGUACAAGAGCAGUGAACACACUGCAGAAUCAGAUUUCAAUCUCGACAGUGGAACCGGGUGAAGGAAAUCAGACAAGUCGCAGUUAGGGAAUAGUGAAGCUGUAGGGACAAAACAGUGAACCAGCAGUGAGAGGAUUGAGAGGCAGCAGUGUGGGGAUAGUGAGGCAGGAGAGCAGAACCAUACAAGGCGUGCUCCCACCAACACACACAGGAUGACCGACGAUGUGAGCUCCCCUUCGGUGGUGGCAGCCGCAGCUGCAGUGGCUGGAUCUUCCACAUCGUCAGCCAGUUCUGAGCCCUCUGUCAACCAGAAACUCUUCCUGGUGGUCAGUGUUGCCCUUGCUACAGUCUGCUUCUUCACCAACAUUGUCCAGGUGGCAGUGUUCGCGCGGCCAUCAGCCAUCCGGUGGGUGAAGAGUGUUCUACUGUUGUCCCAGGCACUCAGUGGGCUGGUGGCUGCCUUUGUCGUCGCCUUCCCCAUACACGUCAUCUCUGCCAGGGGAGGAUCAGUGGUUGGCGAGGAAGGAUAUGCCGCCUGCUACCUGGGCCACUCUGCUAUCAUCCUCCUGACAGCGCUCACCUCACUCGGCACCUCAACACUCCUCCUCUUCCACCAUUAUAUGAAGAUUAAUGACCCACGCAGGUUCAUGACAGCUGGGAGCAAUGUGGUUGGCUGGAGUGUGGGUGUGGGAGCUGUAUGGCUUGUGGCAGUGGUCGUAUCAGUGCUACCUUAUGCUGGUUGGAACUCUUGGGAAGCUCAUGAUGCACGUUGCCACUUAUCAACACUCUGGCCACUCUCUUUCACCGCAUUCCUCACAUUCUUAGUGGGAGGCCAUGUUGCUGCUGCACUGCUGAUGUGGGCCUCCACCCGUGCCACCCAACUUAAAGCUAUGGCAACUCGUACAGGAAUACCACCAGCAGUUAACUGCCCUGAUGCAGAAGAAGCUCCAAUUGCAAAUCAUGUGCAAGGAAUACACAACAACAGCAGUGGCAGUGUACGUGUGGGUGGGUGGUGCGUAAGUGUGGGCUCCAUGAUACCCAUGUUAGCUCAUGUGGUGGUGGCAUCAUCUUGUGCUGUAUCCUCCCAGUGUCAGGCUAGUCCUAGCCACUAUCAUGAGGAGGCUGCAGCACUUCCCUGGGCCUCACUUCUGCUUGCUGCAGCUGCUGUCACUAAUCCUCUUCUCUACGUUUUCACUGAUGAUCAGGUGUCAUCCUCGACUCUGCUGCUAUUGUCCCGAGUGUGUUGUUGGUGGUGUGAACGUCGUAAACAACGCUUGGUGCCCCGCCACCAAGAACCCCACGAUGCUGAGACUAAUGUGUACGUUACAAAUGAUACUGACCAUUUAGUGUCUGACAACACUUAAGGCUUCUGAUGUUUCAAAAUGUCAGAGUUAUAAAUUCAUUUUUGGUAACAUCAAAGUUACAUAAAGCCAGAUUCUGCAAAGAAUCACAUGCAGGAAUAAACUGCUGGCCACUAGAACUCUUUAAAAUAUAAUUACAUUACGGUACGAUAUAUUCAUGUUAGCAUUCGGAGGAAGCAAUGUGCAACUGCCCCAAAAUAUCCAGAAAAACUAAAUUUAAUUUUAAACUUUUGUUAAAAGAUGAAUGCAUAAUCAAUAUACAAUAACUACUGAUGAAAUAAUGAAAUAUAAUGUAUGCUAAUAGCUAAUUCAUUAGCAAGAAAGCUAAUUACAAAAUUGUCCUGGGAUACUUGCUGAUAUUUGGAACACAAAAAUAUUUUUACAUUUGUAAUUUACAUAUGAAGCAGAGAUGUACCACUAUUCAAAAAAUUAUUGUUUGGUACUGAUCUAUCCACCAACAUAUCCAAAAGAAUAAAGUACCAGAAAAUAUUAUAUUUCAAAAUGUACUCGAUACCAGUGUUCUGCAUUAAUUAAAAUGCACCACAAAAUUAUUAUAUGUAUGUAUGCACACACGUACAGUAUAUGCAUGUAUAUCUGUAAUGUAUACACAUCAAUGUAUCUGCAUAUUUGAUAAGAAUGUUAAGCACCACUUUGAAAUCUGCAAUGGGUAAUGUAUAUUCACAAAGCCACUGCCACUUUGAGGAAGGGCAUUAAAUGCAUGCCUUUCCCAUUUUCCAAAGUGGGAGGAUUCCGCUACUACAACCCAAGUCUCUGCCGAUUAAUGAUGUUAAUAAUCUGCUCCUCUUGAAAAGCAGAUUAAAAUCUUUGCACUAAGGCAUGUGUCUAGAUCUCUAUCUUAUUGUGCGGGGAAAAGUCUGGCACAAAGAGCAACCAUAAAUAAAUAAAUAAAAUACACAAGUAUGAGCUCAGUGUAUGUGAUAUCCAUUGUAAACGCACACUAGAUAUAUAGAGCUUCUGAUAAAAUAUUGGACUUUUAACAUAUACAAUCCUUUUGGGGUAAAUUUUUUAAAUAUUAAUGUACUACAUUACAGAUCAGAAAAAUUAGCUCCAAAAUAAUCUAUUGCCCAUGGCUGGAUGUGCAUACAAUAAUUAUAUGUUAGCUCUAAAAUGCUGCACAAAUUAUAUAAGUUGUAAUUAUCCUCACAAUUCUGAAAGGUUUCAACAUUGAGUAAGCAUGCUUUACGUAAUACUGUUAAGAAUCAUGAGAGCCAGCUACCUUACAGUGUAUUAGUGAACAGAAGCCAACACAAAGUGCAACACAGUACUUAACAUUUGUUACGCAUGUCAGAACGUACAAUUCUUGUCAACAAAGGAAAGCUGAUCAAUAUCAUACCAUACCCCUUUAAAUACAAAAUACUGAACAAUUAAUUCCUUAAAAGGAUAAUAAAGGGCACUUCAAACUACUAUUUUGUAAACCAAACUGAAUGAUCUAUUGCAAAGGAAACUUACAACUAGCAAGUGCCAAACAACAUAUCGAUAAUGCAAUACAGUAUUUUGUAAUAACUUUAAAAUUACAAAACUUCAACAGUGCAAUCCCAAAAAAUUACCUGUAAUAUAUAUAUAGUGCUUCUAUUCUAUAACAGGUGCUUGCUAAUUUAUUUUAAUGAAAUGCUACAAAUAGCAUUACAGUAUAUGUAGAAUACUGAAAAGGAAAUAAUUUUGUAUAGACACUUCAUUGCUCAUGUAUUUAAUUACUGUAUAUGUAUUCAUUCACAUCUCUAACCAUACACCAAACACAUUCCAUCACAUUUGUGUUCGUAUCAGCGACCAUAAACAUUACCACCACAACUGCAGAUGAAUUCUUCAAAAUACACAUUCAGAAAUAUUGGUAUGACAACAUUCAUGCCCCUUCCUCACCUUUCCAUGCCAACCUCCCACAAAAAUGACCCCUCCCACACAAGUCUUUUAAUACUGAAUUACAGUAUAAUAAAUCCCUUUAACUGCACUGUAAUAUCAACAAGGCUUUUUUUGCAUAUACAGUACAGUUAAGUUUUUUUUGUGUGGAUAUGUGAAAUAUUCAAAGACUGAUGUUGAACAAUUCAGGAUGAAAAUUUAAUGCAUAUACUGCAUAGAUCUUAAAGCAAAAUUCCUGUAAAACUUUCCUGUAAAACUCACUAAACACUGUAAGGGGUUUAAAUACAUAUUAAAAUGUGCGAAACCAGCUUGAAAGCUAGCUUUAAAUGUAAUGUCUUCAAAUAGCCUUUUAUGUAAUGAUGUUUCCACUGUAGCUGAUAGCAUUCCAUUUCAAGGUCAAUUUGGAAUUCAGCACCAUAUCCAUGUGUGUUCUUAAUUACAAAAGUAGAUAUAUAUGUAACUUUAAAUGCCUUCUGCAUAUACAAAUUUUGGUUGUUGCUUAACAUUAUAGUUUAUUUCAGAAAAAUCAGCAUUGAAUGUAAUUAAAUGCCAAUUUCUGGGUAAGCUCCGGUGACAUCCUAAAACUAUAUGCUGCAGUUAUCAUCUACUGGGUGACAUCAGCUGUAGCACUAUAGACGCCUAAUGGGGACUGAAGCCAGAAGCUCCUCCCUCACAUAGAUGCAGGGAGCGAUGGCAUUUAUUUUUGUCACCUCACCGGGAAAGGCAACCAGACAAACGAACAUGCGCUAGUUCCAAGAGAAUUCAAUUCUUUGUUUACACAGUUGGGGGGAGUUCUUUUGACUGGUUUUGAGGCUUUGGUUUCUUUUGAAUCCAGCAGUAGUUACCACUUGCUGACUUUCUGGUUGCCUUCCCCAACAAGGUGGUGAAAAUAAAUGUCAUAACUCCCUGUGCCUCUGUGAUGGGAAACCAGGUUCAGGCUUUGGUCCCAGUAGCUCUAUGGUUGAUGUGACCCAGUAGAUGGUAACCAUCUGAGCUUAUAGCUUCAGAAAGCCACAAGGGGGGUGGUUCCUCUCCCUCGCCAGAAAAGUCUGUGCUCUCAGUUUUUCUAGCAAUUGAAAAUUCUAUAGACUUAAGAUAUAUAACUUAUUGUACAGACGGAAAGCAAUUAGAAUUUAAGAAAUUACUUUAAUUCAAAAAAUUAUUAUAUAUACAGAUAUUUUAUUUGUUCAUUCAAAAAAAAUGAAAAUUAAUGUUGAAGUAAUUUUAUAUUGUAAUGUAUUUAUGAAUCACAAUACAGUACUUGAAAAAGUGCAGAGAUGUAAAACUUUUUAGAUUUAUAACUAAAUCCUCUGUUAAAUUAAAGUACUGUAUUUUAAUUCUAGAAUAGCGAGUUAAAAAUCUGCAAAACAUUAAAAAGGUGCUGUUAUCAGGUAAUGUUUCUACAUGAAUCCAUAUACUUAAUGCCAAAAGCUUAUCAUACUAAUAAAAAUAUCAAUGUCUAAAAAUGUAUACAGUCUAUGUCUACCAUAACACAAUCAAUAUGUGUGGAAUUCUUUUAAGAUUUAGUUAACAGAAAAAGUAGAUUUGUACAGCAUUAUAAACUAUAUGUAAGUAGCGUUCUGAUAUUGAAAAGGAUUAAUUAUUCCUGGACACACUUUGAGCGUAAAACUAUUUGCCUGUGACUGUAAACCCCAACCAUCAGUUCAUAAAAUAGUCAACCAUU